AUGAUUGAUGCUGAUUUACCGAAGGAAAAGGCAUUUGAGCCAGUUGAAGAGGCACAUCAACCAAUUCAACAAGUAAACAUGCAUUGUCAAAACCCGACAAAGAAGCUUACUUUUGCCAAAAAUGUUGACUUAAGCGGGAAAACACUUUCUCAAAAAAGCAGUUCGUACAAAGAUGUUCUCAGUCAACCACCCAAUGGGUUCACGCACUCCCAGAAACUGAUUUGGCUGCAGAAACGUCGCACUGCUGGCCUAUGGGCACAAUGCGACGACUGUGACCGUUGGCGUUAUCUGCCUUUUGUACUCGACCGGCAUGAACUGCCUGUGAAAUGGUAUUGUUGGAUGAAUACAGACAAAGAAUUCGCUAGUUGUUCUGUCCCUGAAGCUCCUUUGCGGUUGCACGAUGAAGAAGAUUUAAUUCACAGCGAGUAUGCGGCAGGAUCGCUGGUGCUGGCUCGGCUAGGUGGUUGGCCCUGGUGGCCGGCUAUGGUGGAUGAUUGUCCCGAUACCGAGCAAUACUAUUGGCUCGACGGAUUCUCUGAUAUACCCACCCAUUAUAAUGUUGUAUUUUUUGAUGCCAUGGAAGCUACUCGAGCAUGGAUAGCUCCUGAACAAUUAAAACCAUACUCACAGAAUAAAAAUAUAUUAAAGUGUUUUCUAAAAGACAAAAAGUAUAAUAAACGCCUUAAGGCUGCUGUUUCACAAGCUAACGAGGCUGAAAAAUUAUCUCUUGAGAAACGUUUAGAACGCUUCAGUUUUAUAGCUAGACAUAAAGGGGUUAUAUUUAGCCCAAGGAAAAUGAAAAAGACUGAUAUUGAGAAGUAUAAGAAACAAUUUAAAAGAAAGUUUAACAUUGAUUUUCCAAUCGAAAGUUCUGAAUCCGAUGAUGAUUAUGUAGCUGAGACUACAAGUAAAAAAGAUAAAAACAUUACUAUCCUGGGAACUCCGAAAAGGACUAGGCGUGAGAAAAAUUCACACUUUCGUGACGAAGAGCAAAAUGAAGAAAGUAAUUUGACCACUACCGUCGAACCUCGUAACUUAAAACUCAAUGAAUGCGCUUUAGACUCUGAUAAACCACCUAAUUCAAUGUUGGUUCAAAUAGGCAGUACGGAUCCUAGCUCUAUCGAUAACGAUACGUCAGCUACUUACGUGCCUGAAGAACCAUCACGAACGGAAUUAAGUAUAAGAAUGGAGACCCCAAACAGUGAUGACUUUGAUUUUUAA